AUGAUUCUGUCACACUCCGGCAUAGUGGGCGACGAACACGCUUCGUGGGAGUUCAUCGAUGCAUCCCUAACACCCACUUUAGUGGGAGAGGGUCAAGGUAACAACUAUGCUCUCCAGCACUUGAUAUGCCAAUACAAUGCAACAACUUAUCAAACUCCGAGUGUUCUACAUCGCGCAUGUAAGGCACAAAUCAAACUAUCGGUCUUGGUUUCUAGCUUCUACAGUGUUCUGUCAAGGAAGCAGUGGCACCUGGCCUCAUCGCGAAACAUCCGAGUCCCACAUACUAGCAUCGACGGUGGAGAUUGCAAAGGAAAACACAAGGCCAAGCCUCUAGUGGGAGGCUGUGGCUCUGUCUAUCGAUGUCCGACUACAACACACCACGGGACUACCGAUUACGAACCAGGACUCCUGGCACUCCUGAGGGCCUGUUCCAGGCCACCCUGGUACACAGGGUCUCGUGUCCAAGUAUCCUUAUUAACCUGCAACCCUGCUCCAUUCCGAACCUAUUCUGAAACAGUCCAGUUCCCGGAUCUCAAAGAAAAUGAGAAAGUCCCACGUUUCCCUCAGAAUUCUAAAUUCAUCUGUCUGGGGAACUUAGCUUCGGCAGUAUGGCUCAGAGCGAUGAUGCGAAUAUUGCCCAAAUGA